UUUUUUUUUUUUUUUUUUUUAAGCUAGAAACUCCUAUAAAAGUUUUUUUUUCCUAAGAUGCCCAAUAUCUCAUAAUUAAUUAAUUUCACCCUUCGCAAUUUAUUUUCUUUUAAACAAAUGAAGGCCGUAACUACGCCGUAGUUCUGGCCGUCGAUCCUCGUGGCAGCCACCCAGCCGGUUUUCUGGUACCACACGGAUCUGAACAACACAAAGGGAGUGAUCGCCGUUGCGGAGGCUAUACUUUUCUCCACUACUCAACUCCGGAGUUUAACAUCACAAGCCGGUGAUUUGAUCAUUCACGAACACAAAGGUAUGUGUGUGAUUCACACUCACAGAUCGAUAGAAUAUCGCAAUCCGCUGUUCUACAAGUCUAUUCAGCCAUCCAAAAGUGAGAUCACAUCAUCACCGGAUCACGUAACAAUCCCGGAGUUACUGUGAGUCCCCCUCGUAAGUCCCUUCAAUUACUUUUUUUUUUCUUCAAAUGGAACCUAAAUCCCCUUCAAAAGCCAAGCUUCCAAUUCUGGGAUUUUUUCAUCAUUUUAGAGUAUUAAAAUCCGGCAUCGUCAUUGUAGUAGUAGUACUUCUACUGUUGAUAUUAAUUGGGUAUUAUUACCUUAUUCGUAAUCCGCGAUUUCCCACAUAUUUCACUGUUGUAAUCGACUGUGGAAGCAGUGGAACUAGAGUAAAUAUAUACGAGUGGAUGUGGAUGUCUAAUCGGAAUCCAGAAUUACCGAUUUUACUUCAUUCUUUUCCUGAUAAUUCAACAAAAAACCAUGAUCGGAAACACGGUUGUGCAUACCAUUGUAUGCAAACCGAGCCUGGUUUAGAUCAAUUUGUCGGAAAUUCUUCUGGCGUAAGGGCAUCUUUGGAGCCAUUAAUUCGUAGAGCUGAAAAAUGGGUACCUUAUGAAAGACAUAUAGCUACUCCAAUCUUUGUAUUAGCUACAGCCGGAUUAAGAAGAUUAGGUGAAAAUAUGGCUAGUAGGGUUUUGGAUGAUGUUGAAGGUGUAGUCAGGUCACAUAAGUUUAAUUACAGAAAAGAUUGGAUUAGGGUUUUGAGUGGGAGAGAAGAAGCUUAUUAUGGUUGGAUUGCUUUAAACUAUCACAUGGGUGUUUUCAAAAAUUCAUCAAGCUUGCCCACAUUAGGGCUUCUUGAUCUUGGAGGUUCUUCAUUGCAGGUAGCAACAGAAAUCAAAGAGCCAACUGCUGGUGUUUUUAGAUCAAAUAUUGGUUCUUUUGAAAUAUUCGCGGAUUCAUUACCCGAUUUUGGGUUAAACGAAGCUUUUGAUAGAACUGUGGUAAUGCUAAGUCAUUCUCAUUCACGAAAGGGCGAUUUGGGAAUUUAUGAGAUUGGUCAUCCUUGUCUUGGUGAUGGAUUUAUGCAAAACUACACUUGCCAUGGAUGCAUGGAAAACAAGAUUUCUUCAUUGCAUUUAUUUGGAGAACCAAAUUGGGAAAAGUGCAAAGAGCUAGCAAGAGCUGCAGCCAUUAAUUCAAAGCUAAAUCGUGAAAAGAUGGUGAGUUUGAUUGGAGGGAGUCACUCUGUUGCACGUUUCCAUGCGUUAUCUGGAUUCUUUGCUGUUUACAAUCUGUUAAACUUAAAUGCAGAAGAAGCAAAUGUGUCAAAUAUUUGGGAGAAAGGUGAGAAACUAUGUUCAAGAUCGUUGACUGGUUUGACUUUGACCAACAUGGGGAUAAAUCAAAAUCAAAAGUAUGCUGAUUUUCUGUGUUUUCGGGUUCCUUAUAUGGUUUCAGUUAUUGAAAAUGUGGUUUGUGUUGGUGAUAAAGAUAUUAUAUUUGGGCCUGGGGAUGUUUCUUGGACCUUAGGAGCUGCAUUGGUUGAAGGGAAAGAUUUAUGGGGUAUCGACACUUCAAAAGCAAAGAGUAUAAGUAUUUUUUCUUAUUUUAGAUUUAAGAGGCUGAUAUUCUCACCUUAUUUUGUGUUUUUUAUUCUUGUAAUCCUUUUAUUUGUUGUUUAUCGUAGCCAGAUUAAGCUUCCUAUGUUAGGAAGGAAGCCAAGGCAACAUUAUUCAUUUGGCCCAAAACGUCGCCCUGUAUAAGAAGGGCCAGAUGAUUCAUUUUACCAAUUACAGUUUAAAUACUCAUUUUUUGUAGAAAUGUUGAACAUCAUUAAUCUUCAAUCUAAUUACUUCUUCAUCUUUUACUUCAA